GCCGUUAUUCCUUGAUUUUUUCUCUGGUUUUUUUCUCUCGUUUUGCAAUGGCCGAGGACGGGAGGGUUCGAAUCGAGAAGUUCAACGGUACUGAUUUUGCAUGGUGGAAAAUGCAAAUAGAGGUGUUGCUUGGUGAGUGCGAUUUGGACAUGGUACUGGAAGAGAAACUGGAUGGAAUGGAUAAGGCUGCUGAAGCAAUUUGGGACUCAAAGGACAAAAAGGCAAGAGGUAAAAUUACACUAGCUUUGAUGAGUGUGGCGUUUAAUAUCAUGAAGGAAACAACUGCUCGUGGUAUGUUAACAGCUCUGUCAAAUAUGUAUGAGAAACCGUCGGCCGGUAAUAGAGUGUUCUUGAUGAGGGAAUUGUUCAUGAUGAGAAUGAACGAGGGCAGCCCCGUUCCUGAUCACAUUAAUGAGGUCAAUUCGAUCUUGUCGAGGUUGUCAUCAGUAGGCAUGAAGUUUGAUGAUGACACUCAGGCUGUGAUUCUGUUAUCUUCAUUGCCUGAUAGUUGGUCAGGAUUUGUGACAACGGUUACUGAAACUGCUGGAACAGGAAACUUGAAGUUUGAUCGGAUACGAGAUAGUGUUUUGGGUGAAGACAUUCGCCGGAGGAAUGCUAGUGGAGGAUCUACUUCUGGGUUACUCAGUGUUAGCAGGGGAAGAGGUAAUAACAGAAACAGUGGGAGUCGUGGGAAGAGCUCGUCUAAGGCUGGAAAGAAUGUGGUGUGUUGGGUCUGCAAAGAAGUUGGGCAUGUCAAGAGUCAAUGCCCAAACAAGAAAAACGAAAUUAGCGCAAUUGUUGGGAAUGCAUCUGAUGAUGAUAGUGAUGCAUUGAUACUCAGCAUGGAAAGCUAUGUUGACUCUUGGGUCAUGGAUUCUGGUGCUUCGUUUCACGCCAUGCACAACGGUGAGGCGAUGGUGAAUCUCAAAAAGGGAGACUUUGGAAAGGUAAAGUUGGGUAACGGGAAAAUCCUUAAAGUGACAGGCAUGGGAGAUAUUGAUCUAAAAACUUCAUUUGGAACUACUUGGAGCUUACAAAAUGUCAGGGUGAUUCCAAGACUGAAGACAAAGUUAAUCUUAGUCGGACAAUUGGAUGAACGGGGACUAGACGUCAAGUUUGGUGGUGGAAAAUGGAAGGUGAUCAAUGGAAAUUUGGUUAUUGCUCGAGGCUUGAAAAGAGGAUCGUUAUACAUGGUACCGGUGACGUCUGAGGGAGUGACCAACCCGGUAAAGACAAUUAACAAAGUCCGGCUCACUGAAUCGGGCAAAACUAAGAAGGUUCAUUUUGCAAACGUGAAUCUUGAAGUUUUGGGGAUGACAGUUGAGUGUGUUUGGAGGUCUGAAUCAGGUCAGGGAUUUUGUGACAGUGGGAGCAUGGGACGUGUUCCGAGUACAAUUUUGAAACGUCGUUGGGUUUUGAGGACCAAGAAUCCGAACGUUAAAAUCUCUCCUGGGAAUAGUUUGCUGGAUUUGGAGAGUGGUAAUGGUCCUCGGUGUAUCUCUGGAUCCGGUGGAUUGUGCAAGCCGGUUGAGACAGAGGCUGUGGCGGAUACAGUCACGACUGGGUUGGAGCUCGGUGGAGCUUCAACUGUCCUUUC